AGAUUCAAUUAAUAGUACUACACAAAGGUGUUGUAACAUAGUGUAAUCAUAAAAUAGAUAUUUUAUAUUAUUAUAUAUAUAAUUAGCAACUCUUUCAAUAAUGGCUAGUACGGUGUUAAAAAAUGCAGGUAUUCAUUCGUCAAAGCAAUUAUACAAGUUUCUGUUACGGGAAUGUAAUAAACUUCCACAAGGUGCUAACGAAUUUUAUAAACAUUCUAUUAGACAAAGUUAUAAACAACACAUGGAAGAAACUGAUCCUGAACGUAUUAAAGUGAUUAUGGAAAAAGCAUUCUCUGAUGCUAAAUGGGUUUUGCAAAAGUACAACAAGGAAAUAGGAAAAUAAAGUAGACAUUAAAGAUAUAUAAGAUAUUCUUUUAAAAUGAAUUUUGAACUGGUAGUAUCUGAAAGU